AUGGUUAUUCCACUUGUUCCCGUUCCGCCACCCCAGGUUUUCGGCGCCAACACGGACGUGGGCAAGACGGUGAUCACGGCGGGUCUCCUGCGUGCCGCCGCGUUGCAGGGCCUGCGCGCGUCGUACAUCAAGCCCGUCCAAGCCGGCUCCCCCUCGGACGCCGUUUUCGUCUCGCGACACGCCAACGUCGGGGCCGCCGCUGCGGCUGCCGCCAGCGGCAAGCCCGGCGGCGUCGCUCCGCCGUUAUGCCGCACGUCCACGCUCUUCGACUACACCGACCCGGUGUCCCCACACCUGGCGGCCGAGCGAGACGGCGGCAAGAUCGCCUCGGACACCGAAAUCGUCGAGGCUAUCGUCGAUGAAGUCAAGGCAAUCCUGUCGAGCGGCGGCGGCGACAGCGGCGGUGCCGACGACGAGGCGGAGGGCGACGCCGGCAGCCCGACGACCCCCCAACCUUCUUCUUCCUCCUCCUCGUCUUUGGGGAGCUUGGUGUUGGUAGAGGCCGCCGGCGGUGUCCUCAGCCCCGCGCCGUCGGGGUCCCUCCAGGCGGACACGUUCCGCCCGAUGAGGCUGCCGGUGCUGCUGGUCGGCGACGGGAAGCUGGGAGGCAUCGGCGCGACCUUGUCCGCGCUAGAGUCGCUGAGAACGCGCGGGUAUUCCGUCCUCGGAAUUGCUCUCCUCGCGCAAGAUAAACACCUUGGCAACGCAGACGCCGUGUCGCGCCACGCGGGACCGAUCCCCGUCUUUGAACUUCCGACCCUCCCCCCGCCGGACGUUCCACUCGAGCCCUGGUACGACGACGACGCCACCGCGCGGGGUUUCCAGACCCUGCUCGGCGGCCUGUCGGAGCGGCGUGUCGCUGAGGCGUCCCGCCUCGCCGGGAUGAAGGCUCGCGGGCAUAGGGCCCUGUGGUGGCCGUUCACUCAGCACGACCAGCUGAGCGAGGGCAAGGUUAAUCUGCUGGACUCGGCGUACGGGGACUACUAUUGCGUGGCGGAUGUUGACGAGGAGGGGGGCAAGGGGGAGACUCGAGUGUCGCACCGCGCGCUGGUGGACGCAUGUGCGUCGUGGUGGACCCAAGGGGCUGGUCACGGAAAUCCGGGGAUGGCGUUGGCGGUUGCCGAGGCCGCCGGCCGAUACGGGCACGUCAUUUUCCCGGGAAACAUACACGCGCCGGCUCUGGAGGUCGCGGAGAGGCUGGUGGAAGGGCCGGGCAGGGGUUGGGCGUCGCGGGUGUUCUUCACGGACAACGGCUCCACCGCAACCGAGGUGGCCAUCAAGAUGGGCUUCAGGCGGUUCUUGAAGGACCGCUUCGGGCUAUCGGAACCCCCGUCCAAAACGCGUCUCUCGGUGGUCGCGCAGGCGGGGUGUUACCACGGGGACACCCUUGGCGCCAUGAAUGUGGCCGUCCCGUCUGUUUUCAACCGAGGGCAGCACGCGUGGUACCAGGCGAAGGGGCUCUUCUUCGAAACGCCUAACGUCUCCUGGAGGGACGGGUGCUUCAACGUCGCGAUUCCGACGCCGAUGCAUGCGGCCGCACUUACGAAGGCGGCCGAGGUUGAGCUCGCGCCAGAGCUGAUGCUGGAGUCUCGCGACGCGGCGUUCGAGUUCGGGACGCGAGACGCCGGGGCGCUGGCGGACGUGUACAGGGCGCACGUGCGGUCGAAGAUGGACGAGUUUGAGGCCCAGGAAGGUGCGAUUCUAGGGUCCCUGCUGCUGGAGCCGCUGGUCAUGGGCGCCGGCGGCAUGGUGUUCGUUGACCCGCUUUUCCAGAGGGUGCUCGUGCAGGAGUGUCGCGCCCGCGGCUUGCCGGUGAUUUUCGACGAAGUGUUCUGCGGGCUCUGGCGCCUAGGAGUCGAGAGCUCCCGGGAGCUGCUGGGCGAAGACCCCGACGUGUCCUGCUACGCCAAGCUGCUGACGGGGGGGCUCGUGCCGAUGGCGGCGACGGUGGCGACCGAGCGAGUGUUCGACGCCUUCAGCGGCGCGAAGGCGGAUUGCCUCUUGCACGGGCACUCGUACACGGCGCACCCAGUGGGGUGUGCAGCUGCGGUGGAGUUCUUGUCCCAGCUUGAAAAGAGCUCCGUCUACCCGGGCACCGGCGGUCGGAUGUCCGACUCGUGGGACGAGCAGGCGGUGCGGGCCCUGUCGAGGCUGCCGGCCGUUGACCGCGCCUUCGCCCUGGGGAGCGUGCUCGCGAUUGAGAUGAAGGCCGCCGACCGAGGCUACGACUCGCACGGAGCGGUAGACGUAGUGCAGCGACUGCACGAGUCCGGGGUGUACGCCAGGGUGCUGGGCAACGUGGCGUACGUGAUGGUCUCGCCCACCACCCCGGUGGAAGCCUGCGAAGGUUUGAUGGCCACCGUGGCGGGCGUGCUGAGGGGUCUCGGCGAGGAGGGCGGCGUCGGCGGCAGCGGGAAGGCGGAUUCCGAGCCGGACUCCGUCGCGUACAGUAUUUGAUCCUUUCGUAUUUGUUCCAUGGUGGUUGUAGUUUUGGUCUAGUCUAGUUGGUGUGUUGUGGCGGGGUCCAGGGUUAGGUGGAGGUACGGCUGUGGUACGCAUGUUGGCGGAGCGAGGGUGUGGAGGCGAGUGUUGCUUUCCGGGAAGUACUCCUAUUAAGUAUGAAGAGUUAGGGGCUAGGUGCGGGCUCCGGGAACUUGGUAGUAGGUGAGAAUUGUGGUAUUCCGGAGGGCGAUCAAAGAGGAUGAUCGCCGCAAGGAUAAGAUAGCAGCUACCUAGAUCAUAGAGAGCAUGGACAAGCAGGUGUGACGUGGUGGGGCCGUUUCAUUCGUGCGAGAUGAUCCGCCGGACGGACCGGUGCACAGGUUUUGUGUCGUUUGUGUCAAAGUUUUGUUCAUUUGUCAGAGACGGUCAUGAGAGUGUCGCGUCCAGCAGAGAGCAGCCUCUCCUUCUGAUUGGGAUUACCAAGCUAACAUGUCAUGGACAUCUUGUAGGCGAAAAACGCUCCUUUGUCAGCAACACUG